AUCCACAUUGGCACGUAUGGUUACCUGCGCGGCUUUUCGGCCGUCCCCUACUAGCAAAUAUGUUAUAAGACUCGAGUUUCUGCUAUUCUGAUCCAAAAACCUCUGAACUCUACACAUGAAUUCCACUCGUCCUGUACUAGUCGUAGGCGCUGGGCCAGCAGGUCUGGUAGCAGCGUUGACGCUUCUCCAGAAUGGCAUCCCGGUUCGUAUCAUCGAUAAAGACCCCAAUCCUCGCAUGGGACAGCGCGGUCCUGGAAUAAUGCCACGCACCCGUGAACUGUUUAACUUCCUGAACGUCCCAGAAGUCGACGAUCUGGGGAAAACCUUCCCUUUAGUCCGUUCCUACAAGCCCGGGACAUUGGAACCUGCGACAGAAUCUUCGAUAGUCCCGCAAAUGGAACCUACCCCUGCAAUACCAUUCCAUGCAGCAAAGAUGAUAGGUCAACAACUCCUAGAUGUGAUUCUGCGACGCCACCUAGAGGAAUUCUCCUGCUCUGUCGAGAUGGGAACUGAACUACGUUCGGUCGAGCAGUCCGAUGAAGGUGUCACGGCUGUUCUAGCAAAGGACGGCACAUUGGAGACUUUCAAUACUAAGUGGGUGAUUGGCGCUGAUGGUGCUAAAGGUGUUGUGCGCAAACAACUCGGGCUUACAUUCUUGGGCGAGACCAGAGACGAUUUCCGAAUGGUUAUGGGAGACAUUCGUUUAAAGGGCGUUGAUCUUGAUAGAGCGUAUUGGCACCAAUUUGGAAGCUUGAAGCGAGGGUAUGUUCACACCUCAUUGCGUCCAACAGACGAAAUUGGCGAGGAUGGCUGGCAAUUUAUGAUCUUUGGUAGUGAUCUAGACCUAACAAAUGUCGCUCAGAGCGAGGAGCUGAUCUUCGAGAUCAUCGCGUCGGUGAUACCCACGGAGAUUACGUUCAACAAGCUCGUUUGGGUGAGCGAGUACAGGGCCAAUAUCCGCAUGGUAAACAAGUUGAGCGAGGGACGAGGAUUUGUUGUGGGUGAUGCUGCUCAUGUCCACAGUCCAACCGGUGGUCAGGGGCUAAAUUCAAGCGUACAAGAUGCUUUCAAUCUAGGCUGGAAGCUUGCGCUCGUCGAGAAAGGACUCGCCGACAAGUCUCUUCUUGAAACAUAUAAUGCCGAGCGUUUACCUGUCGUCUCCGAGAUGCUUGAGAUGACCACCAUGAUUCUCAAACAAACAUUAGAGACAAACAACAGGACCAUUACACGAAGCCCUGUCCUUUUCAUGCUUGGUAUCAACUACCGAUUCAGCAAUAUUGUUCUCGACGAGUUUGCGGUUCCAGGGAAACCUAUUAAUGCGUACGGGGUGCUUGAGGAGGGGCAUCUGGAGGCUGGGGACAGGGCGCCUGACGCACCAAAUAUGGUUCAGGUGGGAGGUGGAGAAUCUGACGUGAAGAGGCUCUUUGGUCUUUACAGACCUUGGUAUCACACUGUGCUUGUGUUCGCUCCGAGUCAUGCAGAUGCCACCCCGAUCUUGGGUGCACUGAAGGCAUACGAUACAAGCAUUGUGCGAUCAGCAGUCGUUCUGCCUUCAUCCGCAUCAGUGACGUCUGUUGCAUCCCCUGUUGAUCUCGUUCUUGUCGAUCAGGAGGGCCAUGCUUAUUCGGCUUACCUCGUGGAAUCUGACCAGACGAAGGUGUUUGUAAUACGGCCGGACGGAGUGGUUGGGGCGAUCGUACAUGGUGCAGAAGGCGUGAAGAAGUAUUUCUCGGGAAUAUUUUUGGAUGCUUAGUGGUAGUGUAAAGGUCAACGUGUUACUUAUUGGGGAGCGCACUUCAAAUCUGGACUAACCAGUCGAAUCUUCUUCGCGACUAUCCGCUAUCAGUGAAUUUGUUUUUCCUUAGUCUCCUCGGGCCGUACACCAAUCUGUGGUGUGAAGGUAAGUACUCGUGUUCUAUGUAAAGGAUACUUUCUGCGGGGGCGGCUUUGAGUGGGAGUGUGGGUGGGACGCCGAGGGCAGUGUUGUAUGGGAGGAGUGGAACCGCGGGCGAUGGUGGGAGGGGUAUGUGCGGAGUGGAGGAGGGGAGGGGUAUGUGAGCAGGGGUGGAGAGGAGUAC